GUUGCAUGAUCAACGAUAAUCUUUUACAAGAGUGGAUUGGUUAUCAUGUCGUUGAUUCAUUCCAAGUUGACAAGUUCUCACAUUCAACCACAAUAGUAUUCAAUCGCUAAAACUAAUGAAUGUAGAAUGGUGGAGAAUUGUCAUAGCAGUCUGUCUUGUCUUCCUAUCGGGUUUAUUUGCUGGACUAACUUUGGGACUCAUGUCUUUGGACCUCGUAGACCUUCAGUUGGCACAAGAAUCAGAAGACGAAGAAGAAGCAAAGUGUGCAAAAAGAAUAUAUCCCGUCAGAAAGAAAGGGAAUUUAUUACUUUGUACUUUACUUAUUGGUAACACUGCAGUGAACUCUGGUUUAUCCAUUUUAUGGGCAGAUAUUGUCGGUGGCAUUUUAGGUUUUGUAGUUUCAACUUUAGCUAUUCUAGUAUUGGGGGAAAUCAUACCGCAAUCUGUAUGUCAUCGUUAUGGUCUCAAAGUUGGAUAUUAUACAGUGCCUAUUGUUCGUAUUUUUAUUUUGUUAUUCUUUCCAUUGAGUUAUCCCACUUCCAGGAUUUUAGACUGGUUCUUGGGAAGAGAGCCUUUACAUAGAUAUUCUAAACGUCAAUUAAAGUCUCUAGUAAAGAUGCACGGACCUAAUUUAGAAGAUACAACUGAUGGAAGUGUUCCUGGUCUUUCACCAGAAGAGACUGAGUUAUUGGGUAGUGCUUUGGAGUUUGCACAAAAGAAAGUAGAAGAAAUAAUGACUCCUUUAGAAAAAGUUUUCAUGUUGGAUGAAAAUUCACAUCUCAACUUUAAGACUUUGACGUUAAUAUUCCAAUCUGGCCACUCCAGGAUUCCCGUUUAUUCAGGAACAAAGGAUAAUAUCAUCGGAAUUCUAUUUACCAAAGAUUUGGUACUCAUUGACCCAGACGAUGAUAUAACUUUGAAGACGGUAUUAUCUUUCUUUCAUAGAGAAAUUCAGUUUGUAUUUCAUGAAACAACAUUGGACGUCAUGUUGAAAGAGUUUAAGAGUGGACGUGGGCACUUGGCAGUCGUAUACAAAGUCAAUAAUGAAGGACCUACAGAUCCUUUCUAUCAAAAUAUUGGAAUAGUUACGUUAGAGGAUGUCAUUGAAGAAAUAAUUGGAAGUGAGAUUGUGGAUGAAACAGACGUUUAUCCAAACAAUGCAACGGAAGAGAAAGUUUGGAGGAAGAGAAAGAUAGAUAUGGAAGUAUUGAAGAUGUUUGACUCUGGUGCUCACUUGGAGGAUCGUUUAUCACACAAUGAAGUCCUUGUAGUGGCAAGUUAUUUAUGUCAUAAUAUUUCUGCUUUUUCUUCCAGUAUUAUAAGUUACGAUAUUCUUCGUCACAUGUUGGAAAGUUGUCAAGUAGUGGAAUUUCAUGAGGACACAAAAGAGUUUCGGGAAAUGAGUCCAUCCAAUAAUGUUGCGCAUUUGGUUUUCAAAAGAGGAGUUCCUGCAGUAGAAGCUAUUUUAAUUAUUUAUGGUAAACUUAAGAUAACAGCAGGUUCUGAAGGCUUUAUUUCAGAAGUAGGUCCAUGGACGUUAUUAGGAAUUCGAGCUUUGUUAGAUGAAAUUUAUGCACCUGAUUUUACAGCAGAAAUACUCGAAUAUCCUCUUAGAGUUAUCAAAAUUCAUCGUCGUUGGUAUCGUCAAGCUCUGAAACGCUCUUCCGAAUCACUGAAGGAAGUAACGACAGAUCAUAGUCUUUGAUGCUCCAUUCAGUUGAAGGAA